UCCGACAGCUGUGCAUGCGCAACAUUGACUUUAAGGGAAGAUUUUAUUAAGCAUUUGUGGAAUAAUGUACAAUUGGAUGCCACGUGACCUAUCAAAUUUGUAACUUGUGAAGGUGACUUAGAAAUUAAUUAAAUGGGGUAAUUGUGAGUGGUUCAAACACUGUCUAUGCCCGGUCAACCCUGUUUGAUUUGGACUGUGAUGGUUGGUGUGCACCAGUUGUUCCCUGUGAGUUGGCGGGAGAAGAAAUUAGAGUAUACUCUUCAGUGUGUCACAGCAGAAUUUGAAUGAAGGUACACUGCACUCUGAAAUACACGGAUAACAUUGUAUCAAUAUCCUGUGCCUUGAACUUCUGUGCACCUAAGAAACUUCAAUCCUCCUGUAGAUCCCACUACAGAGAAGUUGCCAGAAGAUUUGUUGGACAUUGUUAAAAUGAAACAACCAAGACAGGCUUGGUGUGGAUAUGCAAUAUUGAAACCAGUUAAUGAACAGCUGUGUCUGCGUGACUCUGGCGACUGCCUGCGGGAGCAGAUGCAGUACAUGAUGAGAUCCUUGCAGGACCUGAAACACCUGAGGAGGACCUGCCCUGCAGCCACGCCUGUUGCCCCUGCCGCCCGUGCCGCCGUCACCCCUGCCCCCGCCCUUGUCCACCGCUCUGCCGCGGCUCGGGCCUGCCACCAGAGGGCGCUGCAGCGGGAGCGUCGCACCCACCUGCGCAUUUCUGACGCCAGUACGGCCAGCUCCUACGACUCAGCCUGCUGUCUGGCCAGUCCGCUGGAGGAGGACGAGGAUGCAGGAGGCCAUCUGGGUCUGACCUCCCCCAGCAGUGACAGGAGCCUGGAGUUUGACUCCGGCUACUCCGAGGCCUCCUGGCAGGAUGAGGGUGUGGUGCUCAGGAGGACCAGGAAUGUACGUGUGUCCUCCUCCGCCUGCCUCCGUACCAACCGGGCCUCCAGUGGCCGGGUACGGCCCAAAUCCACGUCCGAUGCCUGCCUAGAAACGUGGACCUCAUUCGAGGCCGGUGACCCGGAUGACUGGACCACGUCGCUGCUAACACAAGGUCGGAACAGACAACCUCUUGUGCUGGGGGACAACAGCUUUGCUGACCUCAUACAGAACUGGAUGGAGCUACCGGACAGCCCUGAACCAGCAGAACUGAAGCCCAGUGCGGGACGCAGGCUGGCCCGAGGAUUCUUGGUAAACAUGAGGCAGAAAAUAGCUGGGAUGUCAAAGAGUGUCGAGGGGAGGGUGAGGAUGAGGUCCUCGGACUCUUCUGCACACGUGAAUCGAGCCGCUUUGGCUCCCAAACGACUCUCUUGUCCACUCGGGGUGCAGACCCCGGCAGCACGUCAGUCACCCUUCUUCCACCAGUCCCACUCUGGCCUGCAUGAACUAGACACAGACUUCUACCAGUUUACUGCCCUCAUGAAGACUGGCAGCAGACAACCUAUUAUCUGUAAUGACAUUAUCGGCUACAUCUGACUCCCGGUCAGCCACAGCCAUACUAUCGUGAUAAACAAUGGACAAUGCCCAAAGUCACUUUUUUUUAUAUGAUCUGUGUUUUGGUUAUAAGCUGCCAUGAAUAAAACAUUGUAUGAUUUCA